AUGGCCGCCCUCGCAAAAGCAGCUGCCAGUCUGGCUGCCAUCGCCUACCUCGACGCCAAGCACGGUAUUGCGAACGAUGCUCUUCUCGCUCGAGGCGCUUUGGGAGGUGAGAUCAAGCACAAGAUCCGUGCCUUCCGUAACAAGCUCUCCCUCUACGAAUACUUUGACGCUCAAGCGCAGAAGCGCCCCAACGCCGUCGCAUACGUCUACCUUGGCAAGUCUUUCACCUGGGGAGAAGUGGCCAAAGAUGUUCACCGUCUUGCCAACUACCUCCUCUCCCGUGGUCUCAAGCAAGGUGAUCGUGUUGCCAUCUUCAUGGGCAACUCCGCAGCUAUUCUCGAAUGGUUCCUAGCUUGCAUGUGCAUCGACGUUGUACCUGCCUUCAUCAACAACUCGCUCACCGACAAGGGUCUUGUUCACUGUGUUUCGAUUGCUCGUGCUUGUUUACUCGUCUUCGAGCCUUACCUUGAGGGACCCAUCUCGGACGUUCAGGAUGAGAUCCAGCAAAAGACCCCUAUUGAUGCUUUCAUCCGAUACGACGAUGGCAUCACCCCGCUCGAUGGUGAUCAGGAGAAAGCUGCUGGUGCAGUCUCCAAGCCGCUUGCCAAGAAAGUCGAGUUCGGUCCCUCUGACCUGCUCAAGUACUCUGCCAAGCGUGUCACUGACAAGUACCGCAAGAAUGUAGGCGAAUCGAGCACAGCAGCUCUCAUCUACACCAGCGGUACCACUGGUCUGCCCAAAGCUGCUCUCUGCUCCCACGGUCGUAUGGGUACCGCCUGCAGUGUUUGGCCUACCUUCAACGGUUUCACUGCCAAAGACCGUAUCUACACACCCAUGCCUCUCUACCACUCUUCUGCACUCUUCCUCUGCAUUUGCGCCUCGCUGUGCUCUGGAAGUACCGUCAUCAUCGGUCGCAAGUUCUCUGCUCGCAAGUACUGGGAUGAAGUGCGCAAAUACGACGCGACUGUAGUCCAAUACAUCGGUGAGAUCGCACGUUACCUCCUUGCCGUCCCACCGUCCCCUCUUGACAAGAAGCACAACGUGCGCAUGGCCUACGGAAACGGUAUGCGCCCCGAUGUCUGGGAGAAGUUCCGAGAACGAUACGGUGUUCGCGUCAUCUCGGAAUUCUUUGCCUCCUCAGAAGGUAACGGUGCUCUGCUCAACUACAACGCCGGUCCUUUCGGUGCUGGUGCUGUCGGUCGCAUGGGAACUUUGGCAAGCUUCGCUCGACCAGACUUCAAGAUCAUCCGCGUCGAUGCUAUCACCGAAGACAUCUAUCGCGAUCCCAAGACAGGUCUCUGUGUCGAAUGUGCACCUGGAGAACCCGGCGAGUUCGUCAUGCGCAUCGGCUCUUCUUCCAUCUCCAAAUUUCAAGGUUACGCCGAUAACCCGGAAGCUACCAACAAGAAGAUCCUCAAGGAUGCACUCAAGAAGGGUGAUGCUUGGUUCCGUAGCGGUGAUUUGAUGACAAAGGACAAGGAUGGAUUCUUCUACUUUGGUGAUCGUAUGGGUGACACGUUCCGAUGGAGGAGUGAGAACGUCUCUACCACUGAGGUGGCUAAUGCGCUCGGUCAAGUUGUUGGUGAAGCCAACGUCUAUGGAGUUCUCGUGCCCAAGCACGACGGUCGUGCUGGAUGUGCAGCUAUCCCAUCUGAGUAUGCCGAAGGACUGGACUUCAAGCUUCUGGCACAGGUCGCACGCAAGAGUCUGCCCAAGUACGCCGUGCCCCUCUUCAUCCGAAUCGUACCCACCAUGGAACAGACAGGAACCGUCAAGCAGCAAAAGGUGCAGCUCAGGAACCAGGGUAUCGAACACGACAAAUGCGGUUCGGAUUGCCUCUACUGGUUGCCUCCCAGCUCCGAUUCUUACGUCCCCUUCCAUCCCGAACACUACAAGAGUAUCGAGGCUGGCAAGAUCCGUCUCUGA